UGGACAAGCCAGACCUUCGCAGGAACACUAUGUCUUGCUCAUCUCGCAUGUCCUCCUCCAGGGCUGGAGGCAGCAGCUCGGUCAGAGUGUCUGCUGGUGGCAGCAGCUUCAGCAGCGGAAGCAGAAUUGGUCUCGGGGGAGGCUCUGCCCCGGGGUUCCGAGGAGGGGCCGGCAGCUAUGGCCUGAGUGGGGGCGCAAGCGGAGGCUUUGGAGGGGGGUUUGGUAGCUGCUCAAUAGGGGGCGGUUUUGGAGGAGCUUCAGGUUCUGGGAUUGGCUUUGGCGGGGGCUCUAUCUUGGGUGGGGGCUCUAGCUUUGGUGGGGGUUCUGGCUUCGGCGGGAGUACGGGAUACGGUGGAGGCGCUAGUGGAGGUUUCUACAGCUAUGCUGGCGGUGUGGGUGGUGGCGUGGGUGGCGGCCUUGGUGACGGGGGGCUUUUCUCUGGAGGUGAAAAGCAAGCCAUGCAGAACCUCAAUGACCGGCUGGCCAAUUACCUGGAGAAAGUCAGAGCCCUGGAAGAGGCCAACGCUGACCUAGAGAACAAAAUCAAGGAGUGGUAUGAGAAAUUUGGGCCCAGGUCUGGGGAUGGUGGAGCUGGAAGAGAUUACAGCAAAUACUAUCCAGUCAUUGAAGAUGUCAGGAAUCAGAUCAUUACUGCCACCACUGAAAAUGCUGGGAUCGUUCUGCAAAUUGACAAUGCCCGACUGGCUGCUGAUGACUUCAGACUGAAAUAUGAGAACGAGCUGCAUCUCCGGCAGACCGUGGAGGCUGACAUCAAUGGCCUGCGGAAAGUCCUGGAUGACCUGACCAUGACUCGCUCUGACCUGGAGAUGCAGAUUGAGAGCCUCACUGAGGAGCUGGCCUACCUGAAGAAGAACCACGAGGAGGAAAUGAAGAGUAUGCAAGGAAGCUCCGGAGGGGACGUGACUGUGGAAAUGAAUGCUGCCCCGGGCACAGACCUGACUAAGUUACUGAAUGACAUGAGGGCACAGUAUGAGGAGCUGGCUGAGCAGAACCGCCACGAGGCCGAGGAGCAGUUCAACAAGCAGAGUGCCUCACUGCAAGCACAGAUCUCUACUGAUGCCGGGGCAGCCAGUUCCGCCAAGAAUGAGAUCACAGAACUGAAACGCACUCUGCAAGCCCUGGAAAUUGAACUGCAGUCCCAACUGGCCAUGAAAAGCUCCCUGGAAGGGACCUUGGCAGACACAGAGGCCAACUACAUGGUUCAGCUGUCACAAAUUCAGAUGCAGAUCAGCAGCCUGGAGGAGCAGAUCUGCCAGAUCCGGGGUGAGACCGAAUGCCAGAACGCAGAAUACGAGCAGCUGCUGGACAUCAAGACCCGCCUGGAGAUGGAGAUUGAGACCUACCGCCGCCUGCUUGAUGGAGAAGGAGGUGGUUCUGGUUUUGGAGGAUCUGAUUAUAGAUGUUCAGGAUCUAGAAACAUGGGAUCCAGGGAUUCAUCCAUGUCUGAUGGCUCAAGAUCUGGAACUUCUGUCCAAGGCAGAGACCCAAGCAAGAGUAGAGUGACUAAGACCAUCGUCGAAGAGGUGGUGGAUGGCAAAGUCAUCUCAUCUCAAGUCAGCAAUGUUUCUGAGGUGAAACUGAAAUAAGCAAUUUCCAGAGCAACAAGAGUGUCUUUCAGAGGAAAAAAAAACUCUAAAGGACACCAGUGAAGAAACUGCAUCAAUCUAGCCAUCUUUCAGAAUCACUUCAGGGAAAAGUAUCUAUCCAGAAAUAGAAGACUAACCAAUUUUCCUGCAUCCUCUUCUUUUCUUAUUAGAAUGCUCUUGAAAAAGUUGAAAGACAGCUUUGCUCUAAUUGUUUCUGUGCUUCAAUAAACUUACUUUUGCAAAUUAA